GACAUGAAACAACGGACUGAAGCUCGUUGAAAAUUCCUCCAAGUUUUAGUGCCAAUUCCACUGUAUAUUGUUUAAUGUGUUAGGAAUUAGGAGCACAACCUUCCUUUCUUCCUCUAGCCAACCAAAAGUGCUUAUACUUUAAAAAAACAAAAGUUGAGAGUGAUCGAACUAUAACUUGUUGAUGAUUUUGUCUUAUAAGCAUUUUUGGAGUUUAUAGAUAAGUCGCAAAGUGUUUUAACCAGCAUAUAAGCUUUACCAGAGCACCUUUUGUUGUGUGUGAAUAAAGAAUUUUUUUAAAAUGUAACUACAUAACACCAUCCAUCCGUUCUCUGGCGGGCGAUUAGGAAUUAGUUGGACCAAUAGGUUAAGGAAAACACGUCACUAAUCAACAAAGAGCUCCUCCAAAAACUUGCGAAUGAACAAAAAAGAGCUCCUUCUGUCCUAAUAAAGCAGAAAUGGAUGGGAUAGGGGUAUUGUUGAUGCGUCCGCUAUCCAAUUAUCUCCAGCAAGAGCUGGCGAAACGUUUCACCCUCUUCAAAUACUGGGAAAUUCCCUCUGAAUCUCUCAAACUCCAUUCGGACUCCAUCCGAGCAGUAGUGGGAAAUGGAGUUCAGGGAGCUAAUUCGGCGUUGAUUGACUCGCUACCCAGAUUGGAAAUAGUAUCGAGUCACAGUUCAGGGCUUGACAAGAUUGAUUUGGUGAAGUGUAAAGAGAGAGGGAUUAGGGUCACUUCCACUCCCGAUGCUCUCACCAAUGACGUUGCUGACAUGGCCAUUUUGCUCACACUCGCAACAUUGAGGAGAAUUUGUGAAGCUGAUCGAUUCGUUAGGAAUGGGAUUUGGAAGGAAACGGAUUUCAAAUUGACUACUAAGUUUAGUGGCAAAUCAGUAGGUAUUGUGGGAUUAGGGAGAAUUGGUUCAGCAAUUGCCAAAAGAGCUGAAGCUUUUGGAUGUUCAAUCAGUUAUCAUUCACGUUCACGAAAACCAGAGUCAACGUACACCUAUUAUCCACGUGUUAUCAACUUAGCCUCCAACUGUCAGAUCCUCCUUGUAGCUUGUGCCUUAACUGAUGAAACUCACCACAUUAUCAACCGUGAAGUUAUAGCUGCAUUGGGUCCAAAUGGAGUUGUUAUCAACAUUGCAAGGGGUUCUCAUAUUGAUGAAUCUGAGCUGGUAUCUGCUCUAGCAGAAGGCAGAUUGGGAGGAGCAGGGCUUGAUGUGCUUGAAUGUGAACCUGAAGCGCCCGUGCUACUAGCUGGACUUGAUAAUGUUGUCCUAUCACCUCAUGUGGCAGCUAGCACUUUGGAGACUCGUAAGGACAUGGCUGACCUCGUGGUUGCAAACUUGGAGGCACACUUUUCGGACAAGCCAUUACUGACCCCUGUUCUUUGACAGUUUCUGGUAUAAGAUUCUCAGAAAGAAUGUCUGGAUCCCCCUCGCAAUGAAGCGUACACUUCUCGUCAGUUCAUAAGCCCCCGAACAUGUUAAUGAACUUGAAUUAUGCCCGAUUCGCCACGAGGAUGGUUCACUCCAGCUCUCUUGUGAAUGUUUUUAGUACGAGUAUGCAGUCAAGCACACCAACUAUUGAAGUUUGAGACCCAAGAUACAGUGAUUGAAUCUCAGGCAACUUUCAGCUCAAUGUAAGGACCAAUUUCUCAUCUUUUGAGUAUUCAAUCAACUAUCUGCUAUAUCCUUGCUUCUGUGAA